UCUCCUUCCCUUUCUCUUUUUUCUUUCUCCUCUCUCCUCUCCCUUUCCUCCCACCACCUACCGCACACAGCGCGCAUGGCCGGGGCGGGGCUCGCGCUCGCGUGGUCAAAGCCUCCACUCGACCAUCUCCUUCCUCCUCGCUUAGGCGCCAUGGCCACCAUCCUCGCAAGAUCCAGCCCAUCUCCUCCGUGUCCGCCUAGUGGGCGUUCCGGCGGACCUGAUCGGCGCCGUCGCUCGCCGCCCAGUUCGCGGGCGGCCCGCUCAAGCGCUGGUGGGACUGGGGCCUCGGCUGGCUGCGGCUUCACCGGCGACCUGGAGAUGAGCGAGGAGGAGGCGGCCGCGCUCGGCCGGGGCACCUGGGCCCACGCCCUCUACAAGGUACGCUCCGGGGUCCGUCGCCUCGUCGCGUCCGACCACUCGUUGCCCACCACGCAGCGCGAAGCCCGCGAACGACGCCGCCACGACUGCCCCUGCCGUCGCGGCGCCGGCCAUGGCCCCUUGUGGAGGCGGGUGCGACGUCUUGGCAUUCUUCCGAGCGACCGAAAUUGUUGGGGCGCUUGCAACUGAGCUGGUCGACGGUGCCGAAGCCGUCGCUGGUGUCGCUGGCGGUGUCAUGCCCAUGAGCUGCGGAGUGGAUGGAAGCGUCGGGUCGAGGACCGUCGCCGGAGGGGGAGCAGCCGAAACGGGCGGCGGCUUGGACGGCAUCGGUGAAGGAGGGGACGGGGUCGAGAAGCUCCACCAUUCGACGGCGUGGAUCUCCAUGCUGCCCUGCGUGGACGCGGAGAACCCGACGAACGCCUGCUCGUUGACAUACCCCGGGAGAUCGACGGGCGUGGACAACACCUGCGUCGGGGCCGCUUGGACGAGUAGGACACGAACACGUCCAUGGCCUUGGGGGGCGCGGCUGGGACGAUGUGGGCGUGGCCGGGGCGUUGGAGGAGCGCGCGGCGGCCGGGCGGAGCGGCACGGGCAGCUGCACCUUCGCGUCGCCUCCAAGCUCGCGCUGCCGCCGCUGCAGUCCACCUCUAGGUCGUCUCCAAGCUCGCGCCGACAGGGAGGGAGGGGGAGCACGCUGGACGGUGG